GCGAAGAAAGAAAAAAAGUAUCCCAAAUAGAAAUUAAUUAAAAUAUACAAAAUAGAUUAUAAAAAAUACUAGUUAAAUAUAUAACAAUAUAGAUAAAUCAAAAAUUUAUUUAAUAACAACAAUAACAUUUUAUUAUAAACGCCAAUAAUAAAGUGCUGCUGGAAGAAAUAUAGUGGAAAACUAAGUGCAGCUUUUACUUACCCCUUCUAACAGAAAAGAAAACAACGCAUUAAACAAAAAAAAUUUCAGAAAAUUAUGUUUCGAAGCCGUAGCUGGUUUGGUGGAGGUUGGAAUAAACCUAAAAAUCGUCUAUCACUCGAUCACCUGAAAUAUUUAUACAGUAUCCUAGAAAAGAAUACCACGGUAUCUGAAAACAAUAGAGGCUUAUUAGUGGAAUCAUUACGCUGUAUAGCAGAGAUUCUAAUAUGGGGCGAUCAACAUGAUUCUUCAGUAUUUGAUUUUUUCCUUGAGAAAAAUAUGCUGUCCUAUUUUUUGCAUAUAAUGCGUCAAAAAAGUGGCGGUUCUAGUUUUGUGUGUGUACAGCUAUUGCAAACAUUAAAUAUUUUAUUUGAAAAUAUCAGAAAUGAAACCUCAUUGUAUUAUCUUUUGAGCAAUAAUCAUGUCAACUCGAUUAUAGUGCAUAAAUUUGAUUUCUCCGAUGAAGAUGUUAUGGGCUAUUAUAUAUUAUUUUUGAAAACUUUAAGUUUAAAACUAAAUACCCAUACAAUACAUUUCUUUUAUAAUGAGCAUACAAAUGAUUUUCCUUUGUACACAGAAGCAAUUAAGUUUUUUAAUCAUCCUGAAAGUAUGGUGCGUAUAGCUGUACGUACUAUUUCUUUAAAUGUUUAUAAAGUACAAAAUGCUAGCAUGUUGCGUUUUAUAAGAGACAAAACGGCUGCUCCUUAUUUCAGUAAUUUAGUAUGGUUUAUUGGUAAACAUAUAUUGGAACUGGAUACAUGUGUACGCACUGAUAUUGACCACCAAUCUAAUCAAAAACUUUCCAAUUUAGUCGCCGAACAUUUAGAUCAUCUACAUUAUCUAAAUGAUAUUCUUCUCCUGGAAAUAAACGAUUUAAAUGCUGUCUUAACCGAACAUUUACUGCACAAACUCUUUGUGCCCUUAUACAUAUUUUCAUUAACUCCUGCGCCGCCACCACCUUCCCUGGCGGUGGUCACACAAAAUUUGGCAGCUGUUUUAAAUCGUAACGUUGAUAUUGAUAUACAAGAAAUGCAAAAUCCUCGUGUAUCUUCCAUAGUUGCAUUAUAUUUGCUAUCACUUGUAUUUCUUGUUGUAACACAUUCACCUUUAGUUCAUGCCUUAGCUUGGGUUAUACUAAAUGGUGAUAAUACUGUAUUUAAAGAGGGUGCGGCAGCGGUAUUAAAUGCAUAUGUUGAACAUCGUGAGGCGGUAGUGCCCAGUUUUACCGAACCACGUGAAAGUUUAGAACAAGCUUUAGAUACAGCAGCCAACUCUUCAGGCUAUUCAUAUGGUGAAGAAACAACCGAAGAAAGUCUGGUAGCUUCUAGUUCUACUUCAAGCGGUAUUGUAGCAGAUAAUUUAACAACAUCAUCAACAUCGACCACACAACCUAUAGAAGAAACCGAUGUGCACAGUUCAACAGAAGCAUUAGAAAAUUCUGAAACUUCAACACUAAUAAGCAAUAUUAAAUUAGCCAAUAUCACCGAUGAGGAAAAAGAAAAAUUACAACAACUAACCUCACCAACAGCAGCAAAUUCACUAACCUCCACCUUACAUCGACCAUUUUUGGACACUGUUAUGUCAGCAUUAGAUUGUAGCGAAAAUGAUUAUUUGGCCUUAUUAGCCUUGUGUUUAAUAUAUGCCAUGAGCUUUAAUAGAGAUGGUGUUAAAAAUGAUUGGUUCCAUCAAGUUCUAUCGAAAUCAGGCAAUGGUUCUUUAAGUUAUAAAACUGAAUUAAUAGAACGUUUAUUAAAUAUCAUAACGUUAGCGAAUCAACCAUCUUGUCGCAUACGUUUAAUAACUAUUGAAAUUGCUCUACAACUAUUGGUGACAUUCACCAAAUCGAAUAAUCAAAACGAUGAUAUUCCAACUACAACAUGUAUUACCGAAACGCAACAGGAUUUACUAUUUGCUGCACGAAAUCAAUCGAUGUCAGUAUUGCGUAAUUUCUAUAAAUCUGAAGAUAUUUUCUUAGAUUUAUUCGAAGAUGAGUACAAUGAAAUGCGUAAAACACAAUUAAAUGUUGAAUUUUUAUGCAUGGAUUCGACAAUACUAUUACCACCCACCGGUACACCAUUAACGGGGAUACCGUUUACAAGACGUUUACCCUGUGGUGAAGUGGAAAAAGCCCGACGGGCCAUAAGAGUAUUUUUCCUAUUACGUAAAACGUGCCAACAAUUUCUAAAUGAAAAAGAAACAAUGCUGCCUUUGACGAAUUCGUUAAAUCUCGUGCAAGUGGAUAAUGUUUUGGAUUUAAACAAUAGCGAUUUAAUUGCUUGCACCGUAAUUGCUAAGGACAAUGUUAAACAGAGACGUUUUCUGGUGAUAGACUCAUUACAAUUGAUAUUAGUUGAACCGGAUGCUAAACUCUUAGGCUGGGGUGUUGCCAAAUUUGUGGGUUUCCUUCAAGAUGUUGAGGUGGUAGGUGAUAAAGAUGACAGUCGUUGUCUACAUAUUACCGUUCAUCGUGGUGGCGCUACUCAUAAUCGUACUCCUUUAAUAUCGGCCAAAUUUCUAUUUGACGAUCAUAUACGUUGUAUGGCGGCAAAACAACGUCUAACCAAAGGACGCAGUAAAGCAAGACAAAAGAAAAUGUAUCAAAUUGCUCAAAUGAUUGAAAUGCCGGGUCAAGUUGUAGACUCUCCGGUAUAUGCGGUAGCUGGUCUCAGAACUGCCAGUGGUGCUAGUGGCAGUUCCAGUUCUAGAUCAUCACGUGAGCAUAGACCUAUUUUUUCGGCCACCAGUAGAGUUCCUGGAUUUGCGGCUGCCCUACGACGUGAUAACAUUGUAGCUGGUGGUGUAAGUCGCAUACAAAUGGCGCAAAAUCGUUCAAUAGAGGGUAUCCGUAAUGAAAAUGCUGGACGUUCACGUCGUCGUACCUCCAAUACAAAUGCUCCAAAUCUGGGUGAUUCUAACAAUGGUUCACCACAACGAGAACACUCACAAUCUCCCAGUAGUGGCGGUGGCAAAAGUUCUGCACAUUCAAGAGACAAUUCACAGCAAAGAUCAUCCCGUGACAAUAGUCCUAGAAUGCCAAGACCAAGAUCUGAGGAAAUACCUUUAGAAGAUUUUCAACAUUCACGCAACAAUAGUCCACAUGGCGGUAGACCUGUCUCCACUACCUCGAAUGCUGGCUCACGUUGUCAUACACCCUCGAGGGCAUUAAAUUUUGAUCAAAUUUCUAUACACAAUGCAUCGCCGCGUGACAAUUCUCUACUGGCACAAGUUAACGGUGCUGCUGCACACUCCAAAGAGGUUGUUAUACAUCAACAAAACUCAUCUGAAGAAACUUCCUUUAUGGCAAACGAUGAUGGUGCUUCAUCUUCGUCAUCUUCUGGUCAAAUAAAUGCUAGACGUAAGGGGGCUAUAGAAACAGUUUGAUUGAAUUGAGUAUAUUAUCAGUUUUAAGUUAGUUAGGUAAAAUGUAAGAGAUUUAUUUAAUAGGGUGUUUGAUGAUUAACAAAAAUAAUAUUUUAAACUAGAUUUUAACACAAUUUAAACUGUAGCGUCCUAACACAUUUUUUUUUAUUUUAUUUAUAUAUAUGUACGUAUAUUUAUGAGGAGAAGUUAUGUAGAAAUAAAACAUAAUUGGCUAAUUUUUUUAUACAUAUUCGAAUUUCAAAAUGAAA